AUGAUCUCCCGGUCACUGGACGACCACCUCCCCUCCUCCUCCUCCGCUCCCCACCCUAUCCAGCGCAAUCUCGCACCACACCUUCAUCCCUUCUCCAAGCCGCGCGAGUACACUCGGGCGCUCACUGCGGCCAAGAUGGACCGGAUGUUCGCCAAGCCCUUUGUCGAUGCCCUUGGAGGGCACCAGGAUGGGGUGUACUGCCUCGCCAAGGACCCUCGGCGGGUCGCUGUCGUCGCAGGCGGAGGAGGCGAUGGGGAGGUCAUUGUGCAUUCGAUCUCGCUACGGAGACCAUUACUCAAAAUUCCGGACGCGCAUCGGGGAAUGGUGGGUGGUUUGACGUGGACGGCGGAGGCACGAGACGGGCGGAGAGGAUUGCUUUCGGCGGGCAAGUUGGACGGGACGAUCAAGCUCUGGCGAAGCGAGGCGUUCACACCGGGGAUGAGGGAUAAGGCCGCAUUUGAGGGGAAUGAGUUUGGGGUCGGAGCAAGUGAAAGCGGACAGGAAAUCCUGGAUACCGCUGGAGCAUUAGGGGAGGGGGAGGACUAUGACGAAGAGGAAGGAGGCGGGUUGGCCAUUGAUUCAGGCAAGAGGGAUCGACUAGGAAGAGAUCUCGAGCCGACCAUGACCUAUAAUUCGAAAACGGGGUUCAAUGCCAUCGACCACCAUCGCACAGACGCUACAUUCGCAACGGCCUCAAACUCGGUACAAAUAUGGGACGAGCAGCGGACUGCACCAGUCAGCACGCUGGUGUUUGGCGGGUCUUCCGAGACAGUCACGUCCGUCCGGUUCAAUCAGAGCGAGACGAGCGUGUUGGCGUCGGUAGGAGGGGACAGGACGAUGUGCCUGUAUGAUGUACGGACAGGCAAGGCAGAGAGGCGUGUCAUGAUGCAGUUCCGCGCAAAUUGCCUCUCGUGGUGUCCCACCCUCCCUACCGUCCUCCUCCUCGGCUCAGAAGACCACAACCUCUACACUUUCGACAUCCGGAACCUCGAAACCCCUUCUCAGAUCUAUAAAGGCCACGUCGGCGGAGUCAUGGGGUGCGACUGGAGUCCUACGGGCGAAGAAUUCGUUUCGGGGUCGUAUGACCGGACCGUACGGCUCUGGAAGCGGGACGCGGGCAAGUCGAGGGAUGUGUACCACACCAAGCGGAUGCAGCGCGUCUUUGACGUCACCUACACCCCUACUGCCGACUUUGUCCUCACCGCCUCCGACGACGGUAACGUCCGGAUCUGGAAGUCCAACGCAUCCGCCAAACUCGGCCCUGUAUCUGGCAAAGAACGCUCUGCGAUCGAGUACAGACAGGCACUUAUCGAGAAGUGGGGCGCGGCGGGCGAUGUCCGGUCAGUGCACGACAGGAGGCACGUACCGGGGAGUAUACACAAUGCUGUCAAGCUCAAGAGGGAUAUGGUGGAAGCUGCAAAGGUCAAGGAGGAGCGGAGGCGUAAACAUUCCAGAGCGGGCAGGGAGAAGCCAAAGGCGGAGAGAAAGAAGGUCAUGAUCGCCGAGCAAAAGUAG